ACACUGGGACUGGAAACCAUUCCGUAAAGCCUGAGGUUUGGAAGACAAUCAAGAAGAGGGAAACCUCGAAGUUUGCGAGCUUCGUCCGCAUCCCCUUUAUCCUCAUGGAAACGUAGAGUUCACCUACACCAGGAUGGUCUGGGGGUAGUUCUAUGGAGUCUGAGUUGGCACUGGGAGCAGUUUUCGAAAAGACAAAGGCGGGAAACACAGUCGGAAAAACUUUCCCUUGUUCAAGAAGAAGAGGAAGAAGAAGACGGUGAGUGGGUCGGAUUGUUGUAAAGUAAUCUUUACGCACGUUCUGCGCAGACAGAUUUGCACAAUCCAAUAUGCGCCUGUUGAACACGUCGUGCGGAUGUGACCGCGGAGAAAUGCGAGCGAGAACAGACAUGUCCGGAAUGUUGCGGUUUCUUUUCCUGCUCGCGGCUGUACUGUCCUGUCACGGCUGUCCGGAAAAAUGCUCUUGUGUCUCACAAACUGUGAAAUGCCAAGACCUGGGCUUGGACGCGAUUCCGCAGUCUCUACCGGUCAAUACCAAAAUACUAUUCGUCACUGGAAACAACAUUUCCCGGAUCAGUGUGGACUCUUUCCCAAUCCGCCUGCAACUGUUGUCAGAACUCUAUCUCAGUGGGAAUGACGUGGAGUCUGUGGACGCUAUGGUAUUUGACAACUUGCCAAACCUUGAGCGGCUGGACCUGAGCAACAACAGAAUCCAGAAUUUCAGCGAAAGAGCUUUCCCUGCUGAGAAUAAAGUGCAGCACCUGGACCUCAGUAGGUCUUUCCACAAUCAUUCCUUCAUGGAUGUGGUCCUGUGCGUUCUUCAGAGUGGAAACCUCCUCCAGCUGAAAGUCUUGGACCUGUCCAACAAUAACCUGGUGAUUCUUCCAGACAACCUAUUCACCAGCCUCUCCAACCUGGUCAGCCUCAGCCUGCAGAACAGCUCCAUCAUCUCCAUCCAGAACGGGACGCUGAGGGGGCCGCCGCUGCAACACCUUGACCUGAGGGACAACAGCCUGAGGGACCUGGCCACCUCCACCCUGGCAGAGUUCAGCCUCAAGCCUGCACUCCGCAUCUGGCUGGCGGGGAACCCCUGGCGCUGCGACUGCUUCAUGGACGACAUGCUCCUGUGGCUGAAAAACUCCACUCAGGUCGUUGACCUGCAGAACCUGACCUGUGAAGACCCAGAGGCCCUGAGGCGCCAGCCACUCCUGCAAGUAGACCAGUCCCAGCUGAAGUGUUCAGGCGACAUGAAAGGCGUGCUGGAGACUUCGUAUGUUUUCCUUGGUCUGGUGCUGGCCCUGAUUGGUGUCAUAUUCCUGCUGGUGCUCUACCUGAACAGAAAAGGCAUCAAGCGGUGGAUUUACAACAUCCGGGAUGCUUGUAGGGACCACAUGGAGGGGUACCAUUACAGGUACGAGUUAAACUCUGACCCACGUCUGGCCAACCUGAGCAUCAAUUCGGAUGUGUGAGCGAGGACGGGACACUGUCUGGCACCCCGCAGUGAGAUAUUAAAUGACUUAUACUGUUAGAUUUUGCAUGAAAGUCUU